GUUUAAGCUCUGAGGUAGGUUUCUGUGGUGCGAGACCUAGAUGCUCGAAGGAUUCGACUCAUCUGGAUAAUUGCAUUAAUGUAAAAAAUUGCAGUUGCCCUAUCAUGUGUAGUUGUUAUUCCAAACGGGACAAAAGUAGUCAUUCUUAAAGGCCAUGGAGUUGCGAAAAUGUUGCGAAAACGUUUCACUGUCAUGACUGAUUGUGAAGUUCCUCCACGGCCACAUACUGUUGGUUCAAUGCCAAAGUCAUAUGUUCCAUCCAAUUUUAUUAUGAAAUUAAUUAAAGAUAUUGAAAAUGAGGCAACAACUCCAACAGUCAAAACAAAACCAGUUCAGAAAAAUUAUUUGAAAGAAAACCUUAAGCGCUUGAAAGAAAUAGAAGCAAGUGCAAAAUUGAAAAAUAUGGAGAAGCAACCUCUGCAGCCAGUGAAAGUCAUAAACAAAUAUGGUCAAGUUCCUUCUAAAAUUUCUACAACAAUAAAUGCACCUAAUUGUAAAGGAGAAAUUUCUUCAUCUCUCAAAACUGUUGGGCCUGUAAGAAGUCAGCCUCCAUUAUCCCCGUGCUUGAGUUCUAGAUCAGAUGGUUGUCGCUCACUUCAGACUUGUAAAUCUUUACCACAGUUAAAUUGUGCUCAAGAUAAUAUAGAAGUGACAGAGAAAUUUCAUAGUGGUGAAGAGGAAUUGCACUGUGAAAAGUCAUCUCAUAAUAUUGCCUGUUCAAGAAGUAAGCACAAGGCUGAAUCAAAAUCAGAAGCAAAGCAUCGCUUGGGUCAUAUUCCAACUUACUUAACUGAAAGGAAGAAACAGUGGGAACUUGAGAAAGAGAAGCAGAUAAAACUAAUGGAAGAAGCUAGCAUACCUCCUGGUCAUACUUUACUACCUGAUGAAGAAAGACUGGAAACUUUAGAAUUAUUAAAAAAGAAUGAAGAAGAGCUGAUUCGAAGUCUUUGUGCACUUCCUGUUAGAAAUGAUACAAUUAGAUUAAGAAAUUAUAAAGAAGAACUCGAGCGUCAGUUAGCUAAAGUAGAAGAGGGAAUAAAAAUAUUUUCUAGGCCAAAAGUUUUGAUAAAGAAUGAUACGUAAAAUCAGCAUUAAUGGCUGUAUAUUUCAGUCAGCUUUUUAAUAGUGAUAUUUUGCGUGAUUUUCAUGCAGUGGAUAUACUAAAAUGAUUGUGUAUGAAACUAUAUAGGAAUGUUUUUUGUUACUUUCAUUAAUAGUCACAUUCAUUUUAAGACCAUGUACUUUUUCUUCUUACACACUUUUAUUUACAUUUAGGACUGUUUACUGUUUUAAAAUGUUUGUUGACCUUCUGUUCUAUGAUAUGUUGAAACUUCUGUUCUGUAUUAUUUAAAAGAUAUUGCUAUUUAUUUUUAACUAUUUGUUUAUUCAAGCUGUGUUUUUAUAUUAUGCCAAACAAUACUUGUUUGUCAUUAUGUAAUAGUAUCAACAAUUAUCUUAACUCCUUGCAAUCUAUGUCAAAUGUUCACUUAAUUGUUGAAUUGCUAUUAAGUAACUGUUACAAAUACAAAAGUGCAGUUAUUGAUGAAAUUUGAACAAAUUAAUAAAGAAUGUUUCUAUGUAGUAUAAAAGACUGACUGUUAAAAAUUUUACUUUUUGAAGGUUUAAUAUUUUGAUGCCAGCUUUAAAAUUUCCUGUAUUGAGUAAAUAUUGGUAAACUGUCCUGCAUCUUCCUUUCUUUUUUCUUUUCUUCUCCAUUUCCUCUUCUACAUUAAUUACUCAACUUAUAAUUCAGUGAUUUAAAAACUCACCGGUUUAGCCUUAAGAUGUUUAUUAUUUUAUUCAUUUAUUUAUUUUUUGGUAGUUUAGCUUUUUUUUUUUAAAACACGUUUAGUUCUUAUGACUCUGUUUUCUUUAAAUUCCAGGGGGGUUAUUGUAGCAAAAUAA